AUGGAUCAGAAUGCAAACCAGAAGAAACGAUUCUUUAAAGAUGAACUCGAGUCGUCUAUCGAAACCACUUUGACUGAUAAAUCAUCUUUUCUAUUUGAACCGCAGGUAGAUGCGAUUCAGGAAGAAAAUGCAAAUGAUCCAGAAGAGCAAAUUGCACAAGGUACACAGGAAUCACCCUUUAUAGAGCAGCUAAGAGCAGUGUUGCCCACUAUCCGGUUAGAAGUGGCCUUAGCACUUGAAGAAAAAUAUAGGGAUAUUGACGACGGGUUGGAUCUGGCUAUCUCAGAGUAUUUUGACCAAUAUCAAACCGGAAAUGACGAUGCACCACCAUCGUCUUUGGAACUGCAACAUUCCCAAGAAGUGUUGACGGUGCCUGAUAAUGAAGAGAAGGAUACAGAUCUUCAACUAGUAAGUGUGAAGAGGAAACGUGAGGACGAUUUCAUGCAGUCUAGUCAAUCAAAAAAGCCCCAAAGGGCAAACAGUAGUUGGAAAAAGUUUGUUGGAUCACUACAAGUUACAGUGAUGGUUACGAGACCUACAAUGAGACCUGUCCCAUACGGGACACCACUUAUCUUUAAAAGAUCCAAUAAUAAUGUGCCUUUAAAGAAAAUUUACGAACAAUUGAACAAGAAAAAGACAGGUCUUGCUGCAUUUGUUAAGAUUUAUAGUGCCAAUGAUGAAAGGGAAAUUGGUAGAGUUCCCGAAGAUAUAGCUCGAAUUGUUUUUCCUCUUCUUCAUCGAAACGAAGUCCAUUUUAAACUAACAAUGAUCUAUCCUGGUGAUAAGAGACUAAGCAUAGGUGAUAAUAUAAUUAUCCAAAUGGACUCAUUUCUAACCUCCACACUGUUUAAUCGCAAAGAAAAUCCUACGUUUUCGACUCAAAAUGGAAAUGGGCGUGAAAGAUUUGGAGCAAUAGUGGAAACUGAACAGGAACUGGAAGAAAGAAAUAUAAGAAUGGGUUUAAUCAUGUUAUUCGAUAAGAUAAAAUUAAGGCCAGUUAAAGAUGAGGCCAAAUUUUUAGAAAAGUUGAAACAAGAUGGCGAUGACAACGAAAUAGUUGAUCUGGAAGACGAUGAGAGUUUUGGGAAUUUCUUAUCACAAGAACCUUUAAACGAUGAGUUACCAACUCAGCAUCAAGAAGAUACGAUGAAUAUCAAUCAAUUGACCUCCUUUUAUAAAGCAACGCAAUCUUCUAAACAACUAAAUAGCUUAAUACCGACAACGCCUCCACCAGAGCUAGUUAAAGUGGAACUUCGCAAGUAUCAAAAGCAAGGUUUAACUUGGAUGUUGAGAAGAGAGGGUAUUUCCAUAGGCCAUGAUAAUGAAGAUAAAUCCGAAGAUGAUACUACACUUCUUAACCCCUUGUGGCGACAAUUUCAGUGGCCCAGGAAUAUGUCAUGGCAUAAUCAAUCUACAGGGAGUGAAAAUGACAAUUCAAAUCCUAAGCUGAUUUUCUUUUAUGGGAAUCUUCAUACUGGUGAAUUUUCUCUUGAGAGGCCAACGAUGAAUUCUUUCAAGAAUGGUGGUAUAUUGUCCGAUGAGAUGGGUUUAGGUAAAACUAUUUCAGCUCUAUCAUUAGUACUGAUGAGACCAAAGGACGAACAUACUACCAGUCAGUCACUGUUUCACCAAGAGAGUUCUAAUUUAUCAAGUGAUGAUGUAAUAGAAAUCAAAGAACCGGAAAGAUCAUAUGCUUACAAAACAACGCUAAUCAUUGUGCCGAUGUCAUUAUUAACCCAGUGGCGUGAUGAGUUUGACAAAGUCAAUAAUAAUGCUGGAUUAACGUGUGAGUUAUAUUAUGGAGGUAAUGUGAGUAGUCUCAAAAGCUUACUGAUCAAAAGAAAGAACCCACCAACUGUUGUUCUAACUACUUAUGGUAUUGUUCAGAAUGAAUGGACAAAGUUAAGUAAAGAUGGAACAAAUAUCAGGUCUCUGGGACGAACUUCUGGUAUUUUUUCUAUCGAGUUUUUUAGGAUAAUUCUAGAUGAGGGCCAUACUAUAAGAAAUAAAUCUACAAUUACUUCUAAAGCGGUAUUAGAACUAUCUUCAAAAUAUAGAUGGAUACUGACUGGUACCCCAAUUAUCAAUAGACUGGAUGAUUUAUAUUCUUUGGUAAAAUUUUUGAAGUUAGAACCUUGGUCUCAGAUCGGUUAUUGGAAACAAUUCAUUACAAAUCCUUUCGAGGAACGAAAUUUUAAGCAAGCAUUUGAUGUUGUUAAUGCUAUUAUGGAACCCGUAUUACUAAGAAGAACAAAGCAGAUGAAAGAUACUGAUGGAAAUCCUCUUGUUCAGCUACCUCCAAAGGAAAUUGUUAUUGAGAAAUUACAAUUAUCUAAGAAACAGAAAUUAAUAUAUGAAGAGUUUUUGCAAAGGGCAGAGAAAACAUUCAGAUCAGGUCUACAAUCAGGUGAUCUCUUGAAAAAAUAUUCAACUAUCCUGGUUCAUAUAUUAAGACUUCGCCAAGUUUGUUGUGAUUCAAAUCUAAUUGGAACCUUAGAUGAAAAUGAUGAAGAUUUGUCUUCAGGUAAUAACAAGCUAAUAACUGAAUCAGUUGAUGUAAAAACCCUAAUACCAGAUACAGAGGAGGAGGAAGAUGAGGUACCUCCAUUUGAAAAUGACGAACUUGACAAAUUGAUUGAAUCUGUAGAGGCAAAAUUUAUUGAUUCAAACCAACUGAUACCUGUUGAGUGUUCUAUAUGUACAGCGGAACCUAUUGAGAGCUCGUCUGCGGUUGUUACAGAAUGUGAGCAUGUUUUUUGUAAGGAGUGUCUGGAGGAAUAUGGUAACUUCCAAAAAGAGAAAAGCUUGCAACAAAAGUGUCCUAACUGUAGGAGGGACAUCAAUUUAAAUAGAUGCCUAGCCUUUGAAAAAGGCUCUGAUGGAAUUCUAAAGCUGAUCCAUUUUGACCGUAAGGAACGGCCUGCGAAGCUUAAUGCCUUAAUAAGGCACUUACAACAGCUACAAGAUAGUUCUGCCGGUGAGCAAGUAGUAGUAUUUUCACAAUUCUCCUCAUAUUUAGAUAUAUUGGAGUCACAACUAAACGAGGUCUAUUCAUCAAAUAAGUUGAAAGUUUACAAAUUUGAUGGUCGCCUGUCCUUAAAAGAGCGUACUGCGGUGCUAGAAGAUUUCAAAGUCAAAGAUUAUGCAGUACAGAAGGUUUUGCUUCUAUCAUUAAAAGCUGGUGGUGUUGGGUUGAACUUGACCUGUGCGUCUUAUGCAUUUAUGAUGGACCCGUGGUGGUCGCCCAGUAUGGAGGAUCAAGCAAUCGAUAGAAUUCAUAGGAUAGGGCAGACUAACAGUGUGAAAGUCAUCAGAUUUGUAAUAGAUGGCUCUAUUGAAGAAAAAAUGUUAAGGAUCCAGGACCGUAAAAGAACGCUAGGUGAAGCCAUGGAUACUGAUGAGGAUGAGAGACGUAAACGUCGCAUAGAAGAAAUUCAAAUGCUAUUUGAAUCUUAA